AUGACCACCGAAAUAGACAUUGAUACUGCCUCUUUGGAAGAGUUAAGAGAUAUCUUACUUAACAAGAGUGGCUCAGUCAAGCUUGCACUCAGAUUCAGAGCCUUAUUCAAUUUGAAAUGUGUUGGUACGGACUCCACCGACCAGAAAGAAGCUGAAAAGGCUAUCGAAUACAUUGCUGAAGCCUUUGCUGAUAAGUCUGAGUUGUUGAAGCACGAAGUUGCCUACGUGUUGGGUCAAAUCCACAACUUGUACGCUGCUCCAUUCCUUAGAAACGUUUUAUCAAAUGAUGAUCAACAGUGUAUGGUAAGACAUGAAGCUGCUGAAGCUUUGGGUGCUUUGGGUGACAAGGAUUCCUUGCCUCUUUUGGAACACUAUUUUGAAAAAGACCCUGCUAUUGAAAUUAGACAAACGUGCGAGUUGGCUAUUGAAAGAAUUAAAUGGGAAAAUAGUUCAAGUGCUAAGACCGAAACCCUUCAAGAGUCUCUUUAUACUUCCAUUGACCCAGCUCCUCCAAUGGCUACUGAUCAAGAGUCUAAGGUUGAUAAGUUACAAAAGAUCUUGAAUGAUCAAGACGAAACUCUCUUCAACAGAUACAGAGCCAUGUUCAGAUUAAGAGACUUGGGUACUGAUGAAGCUGCAUUAGCUUUGGCUAGCGGGUUUGAAGAUCCUAGUGCCUUAUUCAAACAUGAAAUCGCUUAUGUCUUUGGUCAAAUGUGUAACCCUGUCACAGUUCCUUCUUUAAUUAAAAUAUUGAAGGAUGAGUCUCAAGCUGGAAUGGUCAGACAUGAAGCUGCUGAAGCCUUGGGAUCCAUUGGUACAAAUGAUUGCAUCCCUGUGUUAGAAAGUUACUUGAACGAUAAGGAAGAUGUUGUUAGAGAAUCAGCCAUUGUUGCUUUGGAUAUGUCGGAAGUAUAA